AAACGACAAGUAGUCCCUCUUUGACACCAAGCUAGCAAUUAAACGACAUCACUAGUCUGUCUUAGCCAGAACUUAACGACAUGCUAUUUCUUUCUCGCUUUGUUUCACUCUCUCUCUCUCUCUCUCUCUCGCAGACACACACAGUCUCAGUAAACGAACUGCCGAAACGAGCUGAACAUGGCCUUAAUCAAAUCAAAGCUACGUUUACCUCACUCUCUCUCUCACUCCAAAAUACUCAAAACCCUGUCAUUCUCUUCUUCAACUUCAGAACCAACUCUUCAAGAAGAUGACACGGACAAUAAUAAUUCCAAAACUACCCCUGCCACUACCUUAAACCCUGAAGAAACCCUAAUCGCCGAAAAAUUCCACGCCCUAAUCAAAGACCACCACCGCAAAAACCCAAACCUUGACAACACGAUCCCAACUCUCUCCCUCGACUUCUCCCAAAUCUCCACCGUCCACCCCAUCACCCCUCCCAUCGUCCGCCGCGUCAUCGAGAAAUGCGGUGGGGUCCGCCAUGGCAUCCCUUUCCUCCAAGCCCUAUCGUUCUUCAACUGGGCCACGGCCCAAGAUAUUCCGGCCCAGUCACCCGACCCUUACAACGAAAUGAUCGACCUCGCCGGAAAAGUUCGCCAGUUCGACUUGGCUUGGCUAGUUAUCGAUUCGAUGAAAGCUCGGAAUGUCGAAAUUACCAUCGAGACCUUCUCGAUUCUCGUUCGCCGGUACGUUCGUGCCGGGUUGGUCGCCGAGGCGAUUCAUGCGUUUAAUCGAAUGGAGGACUACGGUUGUAAGCCUGAUAAGAUUGCGUUUUCAAUUGUGAUUGGUAUUUUGUGUAAGAAACGAAGGGCUAAUGAGGCUCAGUCAUUUUUCGAUAGCUUGAAGGAUAGGUUCGAGCCUGAUGUUAUUGUGUAUACUAGCUUGGUUCAUGGAUGGUGUCGGUCUGGUAAUAUUUCAGAGGCCGAAAGGGUAUUUGGGGAAAUGAAAUUGGCUGGGAUUAAGCCCAAUGUGUAUACUUACAGUAUUGUGAUCGAUGCUCUGUGUAGGUGCGGCCAAAUUACUCGUGCACAUGAUGUGUUUGCGGAAAUGCUUGAUGAGGGAUGUAGCCCGAAUUCAAUUACAUUUAAUAAUCUAAUGCGUGUUCAUGUGAAGGCAGGGAGGACUGAGAAGGUUUUGCAAGUGUAUAAUCAGAUGAAGAGGCUUGGAUGUGAUGCUGAUACAAUUACGUAUAAUUUUCUUAUAGAGACUCAUUGUAGGGAUGACAAUCUUGAGGAUGCAAUUAAGGUGCUUAAUUUGAUGGUUAAGAAAGGGUGUAGCCCAAAUGCGUCUACGUUUAAUUUGAUAUUUAGGUGCAUUGUGAAGUCGCGGGAUGUGAAUGGUGCUCACCGAAUGUAUGCUAAGAUGAAGGAGUUGAAUUGUAUGCCUAAUACUGUGACGUACAAUGUAUUGAUGCGGAUGUUUGCUGACUCGAAAUCGACUGAUAUGGUUCUCAAGCUGAAGAAGGAAAUGGAUGACAAUGAGAUUGAGCCUAACGUGAAUACUUACAAGGUUUUAAUAUCGAUGUAUUGUGGAAUGGGUCAUUGGAACAAUGCCUACAGGUUUUUUAGGGAGAUGAUUGAAGAAAAAUGUUUGAAACCUAGUAUGCAUGAUUAUCAGAUGGUUUUGCAGCAGCUAAGGAAUGCAGGGCAGUUAAAGAAGCAUGAGGAGUUAGUGGAGAAGAUGGUGGAUAGGGGUUUUGCUACCCGCCCUUUGUAGAAGUAGCUAUUUAUUUUGUGCCUAUGAGCAGGAUUAGGUGAUCAUUGUUUUCUGUAUCUCUGUCAAUUAUUCUUCGUUCCCAAUUUUGAUGUAAUUGCUUCUUCAAUAUUUGCAUUGUGUUUUUGACAUUGCAUGUCAGACAGUUAUGAACUACUUGUGGUUCAUGGUCAUAAAUUUUGGAAAUAUAACCUCUUGACAGGCUCAAUUGUUCUCCAA